CACAGCAAUUAACACCAACGUAAUAUGGGUAACUCAAAAGGGGCCUAAGAGAACACUUACUAGACUAGAUCUAGAUCAGUAGAUCUACUAUGGAGCCUUUGGAAAGGACCAGCGUCAUAAGGAGGUUGGCUUGACAGAGCUAGAUCGAGGCCUCAAACCAUCUUUAAGAAAUGUCUACCAAGCACCUAAGCCUACUUCAUUGUCUCAUGGCGGUGAUGUCCCUUCUCUUUUGGUCAAGUACUCUUGGAGACGAUGAACAGACUACUAUGCCGGCAACUGAACAAACUCCCAACAAAACCAAUGCAACGCAAACCGAAAUAACUGACCAAAAUUUCAUUGAUGACAAGUUCACUAAAGAAGGCUGUUCUUCCUUUGUGUCGAGCUGGGAUUUAACGGAUUUGCCAGCCGAGGUCGCUGAAGCGGGUCAAGAAGAAGCAGAUGAACCUGAGAAUGUCCGAGUCACUUUUGAGAACAAAACAAGCAAAUACAUGUAUGUUAAACUCUGGUGGGAAUAUCCUACAAAAAACGUAAACAACCCGAAAGGAUUUAUGGUCUACUUAGAGAAUACAGAGACGGUAGUGGACUGCUAUGUGGCCCUGUUGUCUGAGAAUUACACAAAUCCUCCUCACAACAUGACUUUAUCCCAUGACUUCCAAGUGGUGCUGAACCAUACCACACAAUACACGGUGAAUGUCGUCAGCAUACCGGCGCCAAACGAAAAGCCAUUCCUGCCUGGGACGUUUUUCCCAAAAGUAUUCACUGGCUCACUGAUAACAUCCGGCGGAAAUGACUCCCAGAUAGUCAACUGGAGCCCCAAUGUUGUCCUACGUAUGAAGAACGCGUUGCUGGAAAUGAAGUUUACAGAAAAUAAGGAUUUCGUCCCCGAUCGUACGUACGACAUCCAUAUUGAGAAACAUCUAGGAGACAAUGUUACCAGAGAGCAAAUGGUAUACAAAAUUAAUGACAGUUGUAUCACUUCUGAGGACGAACAGAGUUGUAACAUUAUGUAUCUAUCGCAGUUGGAGCUAGUGCAGCUAGUAUUAGUUCAGAUUUCUGCUAGGAACUGCGUGAACUCUCAGUGUAAUAGAACUUUUGCAGUGUACACCUUGGCCAAUGAAGUGGUAUCCCAAGCAAGGACCGAUAGUACCAGCACACAACCGACGCCAUCUGUAAGCUCUACCUGGACCGGAUCGCCCUUAACUACAUCACAGAUCUUCGAUAACACCGCCACGGGUUACCAAGACGCUAUUGAUAGAGAGGAAGAGCCAUCCAAACAUAGCAAAGCCGUGUCUUCUGCUGGUUCCACCGAGGACACCGGCCCCUUUCUAGACGACGACUUUGCGCAGGUAGCUAGCGGUGAGGAGCGCAAAAUGGAGACCAAGAAGAAUGUCACGUGGGGUCUCAUCGGAGGCGCCAUUGCUGCCAGUCUAUUUACAGCUCUCGUGAUUCUCUUCGCUGUGAGCGACAGGAGUGUUCCUAAAACGAAAAAAUCCGGCAAACUUCCGCAAUAAAGGUGGUACCAAAGAAGAACAAUUACUUCGAAAGAGGAACGGUUCAAUCAGGUCAACACAAGCAUUCAUCAAGUUUACAAUCAAAUCAACUUUGGAGACACGUUCAAUAUGGAAUGUUCCUUUCUGUGUUUUCAUUCCUCAAAACUAUUUGAUCAUCAAUUUUUUUUUUUUUUUUUUAGAAAUGAGAGAUUGAGAGGCGGAUACUAGAGUAAAAGUGAGAGAAGAUGUUUCUCACUCAAAUGUAUGUGUAUAUAGUUCAGUGCCACAAUGUAUAUUGUCCCGUGUUCACUUUAGUUUGAAACAUUCUGUUACAUGGGAACUAUAUUGGGUUGUUUUUCACAUUAGACUUUCUUUUUUUUUCGUGCGAGAGAAAGAGAAAGAGAAGGAGGGGGGGGGAGAAAAUGGGAAUGGGAAGAGAAAGAAGAGAGAAACGGGGAGAGAGAGAUGAAGAAAAGGACAUAGAGAAGAGAGAGAGAGAGAAGGAAAGAGAGAAGGGUUGAGAGAGAAAGAAUGAUAAAGAGUGGAAGAGAUGCGGAGAGAGAGUGAGUAGAGAAUGGGAAAUAGAAAAGGAGAAAAUGGAGAUGAAGAGAGAGAGAGUGAGAGAGAGAGGUGGAGACAUGGACAUAAAGAGAAAGAGAGAUAUAUAGAAAGGGAGAGAGAAAGAAAAGAUAUAAAGGGAGAGAGAAAGAAACGAUAUAGAGAAAGGGAGAGAGAAAGAAAAGAGACGAAGAGAGAGAGAGAGAGAGAGGUGGAGAGAAGGUCAGAGAGAGGAAAAAAGAGCGAGAAGGAGAAAGAAGAGAGAAAAGAGUGACGAGUGGGGAUAGAGAAGGAGUGAAAGAGAGAGAGAGAGAGAGAGAGAGAGAGAGAGAGAGCUAGUGCUUCUGCUUAUGUAAAUGAUUAUGUAGAUUAUGAGUAGCAAGGGGAGGGAAUUUUAUUUUCUUUGCAUUUUUUGUAUUAACUUCUGAAAGCUUCAAGAAUGCUCUUGACCUAACCACUGAUUUUGUUUUUUUCAAAAGUAACUUAUAAAUGAAUUCAAUCUCGCAGUAUUGUAGACAAUUACUUACUAAAUGUGAAAUAAAGAAGCAUAACUCUA